AUCUUAUCUGUCUCUCAGGUGCUGUCUCCUCCAUAUUGUUAUUUAUUUUCUCACGAAUGUGCUCCGGUAUAUAUAAAGCCGAAAGAAAUUUCAUGUCGUAAUACCACAGCCUAACAUCAAAGUGAUCACGAUGAAAUUCGCAGUGGUACUGUGCGCGGCGUUCGUUGCGUUCGCAACCGUGAAUUCGCACACUCUCCCAGAUUUCGGCAAGGGACCCCUUCAUGAAGACAUCCAAUACUUUUUGGACUUGAUCCCGAUGGAUCAGAUUAUAGGCGUCGUCCUGCAAUACUCAGCCGAUGACGCCGAGUUCCAAAAUCUGCUGAAAUACUUCAAAACGCCAGAGUUCAAAUUAAUGAUCGAAGAGAUUGAGGUUAUUUCCGAGUUCCACAAGUUCGCGGAUUACCUGCAGAACAACGGUGUCUACAUCUACUCUGCGCUGAACAAGCUGAAUAAGGUAAUCGGCUUGCCGCCGUUCCAACAGUUUAGUAAUACGCAAAAAAUCACCGGCGGUCUGAAAGGUCUGUUCGAAGACGUGAAAGCGCUCGUCUCCUACGACAAGUUUAUCCACGGUUACGUGUAUAAGAUGAGAACGUCCAACGCAUUCCGCGGCUUUGUAGCUGAACUGAAAUCCAAGGGCAACCAACAGUUCGUGAACACGCUCUACAAGAAUCAAAAGUUCUUGAACUUCCGUGCAAUGCUGGUGCGGGGAGGACUCGACAUCACCUUGGUCGAAGACGUCAUCUAUACAGUUCUCGGCGUCGAGUUCCCCAACUACAAUAAACCCAAAGUGGAAACCUUCGCCUCUACUGAAUUGUCCAAAGAUAUCCAUGACUUCCUCAACCUGAUUGAUAAGCAGAAAAUAAUGGGCAUCGUUCUUUCUCGUCUGGAAGACGACGAAGUACAAAGGGCACUAGCGGUCAUGCACAGCGAAGACUUCCAUGUCUUAGUACGCAAAGUCGAAGCCAUGCGUGAAUAUCAAGACUUGGUGAGAUACAUGGAAAAUGCCGGCUUGGACAUGACCAAUCUGAUCAAGAAAAUUCACAAACUGUUAGGAAUGGAGGAUUAUGUACCACCAUAUUUGACGGAGACAUUCGCUAACCUUGGUGGAUUGAAGGCUUUGGUCAAAGACGUGGUUGCUGCUCUUCCAGUGGACAAAUUGAAGGCCCUGUACACAGAAAAAAUGCGCACUUCUGCCGCUUUCAAGAAUUUCAUGGAUAAACUUCACUCGCAGGAUUUCCAGAACAUCAUCAACACCGUCUACAAAACACCAGUCUUCCUGGAGAUGAGACGAAAGGUCAUCAAAGACGGAGUGGACCUCACACCAUUCAGAGAUGUCAUUGAGCAAUUUCUUGGUAUCCAUCUUCCCAGAGUCGACAGCCGAGCAACAAUUUUCGCCUCCACUGAAUUGUCCAAAGAUAUCCAUGACUUCCUCAACCUGAUUGAUACGAAGAAAAUAAUGGGCAUCGUUCUUUCUCGUCUGGAAGACGACGAAGUACAAAGGGCACUAGCGGUCAUGCAUAGCGAAGACUUCCAUGUCUUAGUUCGCAAAGUCGAAGCCUUGCGUGAAUAUCAAGACUUGGUGAGAUACAUGGAAAAUGCCGGCUUGGACAUGACCAAUCUGAUCAAGAAAAUUCACAAACUGUUCGGAAUGGAGGAUUAUGUACCACCAUAUUUGACGGAGACAUUCGCUAACCUUGGUGGAUUGAAGGGUUUGGUCAAAGACGUGGUUGCUGCUCUUCCAGUGGAAAAAUUGGAGGCCCUGUACACAGAAAAAAUGCGCACUUCUGCCGCUUUCAAGAAUUUCAUGGAUAAACUUCACUCGCAGGAUUUCCAGAACAUCAUCAACACCGUCUACAAAACACCAGUCUUUCUGGAGAUGAGACGAAAGGUCAUCAAAGACGGAGUGGACCUCACACCAUUCAGAGAUGUCAUUGAGCAAUUUCUUGGUAUCCAUCUUCCUAGAGUCGACUCUCUAUUGUUCAAACUGUUAAGGCUUGAAGAAGCUCUCAUCCAAUAAUGCUUUUGUAACUCGAUUUUGUAUACGGAAAAUUUAUAUUUGUAAUUAAUUCUGGGCAUUGAAGCCGUAAUUAAAUUUCUAUUUUGCAA